AUGGCUUUCUUGAUGAAGAAGAAGAAAUUCAAAUUCCAAACCACUUUUACCCUGGAGGAGCUGACUGCGGUCCCCUUCGUGAAUGGGGUCCUCUUUUGCAAGGUCCGGCUGCUGGAUGGCGGGGAUUUUGUCAGCUUGUCGUCAAGGGAGGAGGUGCAGGAGAACUGUGUGCGAUGGCGGAGGAGGUUCACCUUUGUGUGUAAGAUGAGUGCCAACCCAGCCACCGGCCUGCUGGACCCCUGCAUCUUCCGUGUGUCUGUCCGCAAGGAGCUGAAAGGUGGGAAGGCUUAUUCUAAGCUGGGCUUUGCCGACUUGAACCUGGCUGAGUUUGCAGGCUCAGGCUCCACGGUGCGCUGCUGCCUGCUGGAGGGAUACGACACGAAGAACACCCGCCAGGACAACUCUAUCCUCAAGGUCACUAUUGGUAUGUUCCUGCUGUCUGGAGACCCCUGCUUCAAGACGCCACCGUCCACUGCCAAGUCCAUCUCCAUCCCAGGCCAGGAUUCUUCCCUGCAGCUGACUUGUAAGGGCGGCGGGACCAGCAGCAGCGGCGGCAGCAGCACCACCAACUCCCUCACAGGGUCCCGGCCCAAGGCCCGGCCCACCAUCCUCAGCUCAGGGGUGCCCGAGGAGCCAGACCAGAACCUGUCCAGCCCCGAAGAGGUAUUCCACUCUGGCCAUUCCCGCAACUCCAGCUAUGCCAGCCAGCAGUCCAAGAUCUCUGGCUACAGCACAGAGCACUCGCGCUCCUCCAGCCUCUCUGACCUGACGCACCGCCGUAACACGUCCACUAGCAGCAGUGCCUCCGGCGGCCUCAGCAUGACCGUGGAGGGCACUGAGGGCGGCGAGCGGGAGCACCGGCCCCCUGAGAAGCCGCCACGGCCUCCCCGGCCCCCACAUCUGUCAGACCGCUCGUUUCGGCGGAAGAAGGACUCGGUGGAGAGCCACCCGACUUGGGUCGAUGACACGCGGAUCGAUGCAGACGACAUCGUGGAGAAGAUCAUGCAGAGCCAGGACUUCACAGAUGGCAGUAACACUGAGGACAGCAACCUACGGCUGUUCGUAAGCCGCGAUGGCUCCACCACGCUGAGUGGCAUCCAGCUGGCCAACAGGGUCUCCUCUGGGGUCUACGAGCCAGUCGUGAUCGAGAGCCAUUGA